CAGCAUUGAAGAACCCCAGCCUAUGUUCACCAUGAUUCCUUCGACGCUUGCUCUACAUUUAAUUUGGAUGACAACGACAUUUUUCUUCAAAGAUGCAGUGUGUUGCGAUGAAGAGUACAGACUCGUGCGUCACUUGAUGCAGAAGUACGAUGCAUCAGUGCGCCCCGUCGAGAACUCGUCGCAUCCCCUGCUCGUCACCUUCGGCGUGUCUCUGCACCACAUCAUCGACGUGGAGGAGAAAGACCAGCUGUUGACCACCAACUGCUGGAUCACACAAGUCUGGAUCGACCAUCAUCUGCGGUGGAACACGAGUGACUUCGACGGCAUUGACGUCAUCAGAAUACCAUACGAGCGCGUGUGGAAGCCCGACAUCAUCCUUUAUAACAAUGCCGAUCCGAACUACCGUUCGGCUGUGAUCAACACGAACGUGAUUGUGCGACACACGGGUGAGGUGACGUGGCUUAGCCACGGCAUCUACGUGUCGGUCUGUGAUAUCAACGUGGAGCAGUUCCCUUUUGAUGUGCAGCUGUGCACCAUGAAGUGGGCUUCGUGGACAUAUGAUGGGUUUCAGCUGGACCUCAAGAAGCAGUUCGACGAGGGCGACACAACAAAUUACCAGACGAACGGCGAAUUCGACCUCGUCAGCUUCGAGGCCAUCCGGCACAAUCAGUACUACUCCUGCUGCGUGGAGCCCUACCCCGACAUCACCUACGUCAUCAAGCUGCGCAGGCGGCCUAUGUUCUACGUGUUCAAUCUCAUCUUGCCCUGUUUACUCAUCAACGGAAUCGCUCUUUUGGUAUUCUACGUGCCAUCAGAGUCCGGAGAGAAGGUGACGCUUGGGAUAAGCGCUCUGCUCUCAAUGACUGUCUUCCUGAUGACCAUCCGUGAUACUCUACCACCCACAGAGAAGACUCCGCUUAUUAGUCUGUAUUAUGGAGUGAGUACGUGCUUAGUGUCAUUUUCCGCAUCGCUGUCGGUGGUCACCCUCAAUAUAUCGUACAGAGGAGUGAGAGGGCAGCCGGUGCCGGCCAUGCUGCGCGAGCUGGUGCUGCAGCGGCUGGCGCGCCUGCUCUUCAUCAACUUCGACACUGACGCUAUAAAGGGUGAGAGUGGUGGUGUGGCGGCCGGCAGCGUGGGCGUGCAGGUGAACCCGCGCACUGGCUCGCGACUGAAGGCCGAGCCGCCGCUCUCGCCGCGAUUCGCCCGGCACAACCACAACCAUUUGGGGGGUGCUGGAGGCGGUCCAGUGGCCGCAGCAGCGCCGGCCGGCGAGCCAGCGGCGUGCUGCGCGGGCGCGUGCGUGCGAUGCGCGUGCUGCGGUUGCACGCUGCGUGAUGCGGCCGCGCGCCACGAGCAGCGCGUCGCUGCCAACGAGCGCCUGGAGAGAGCUAACCUUGAGUGGAAACAGGUGGCAGUCGUAGCUGACCGCGCCUUGCUUGCAGUUUUCGUCCUUGUGACUACCAUCUCAACCGCUGCCAUACUAUUGCCGCAACUGAACAACCUACACGUCGGAAACACGCCUCUAAAGCCUCCUACUUAGAGUCUAACUUUCUUCCACGAGGGACAAUAUCCAGCCAACGAAUUAAGUACGUAUUAAUAUUGUGCCAAAAAUAUUGAAGGGGUUUUGAGUAGACAGGGUGGAAAGCACGAGUUAGCAAUUUAAUACCAAGAAAAUUGAAUGUGUAAAUGAAAAAAAAAAUGAACGUAAGUAAAAGUAGGAACUACUGUACUACUUUGAU